AUGUUGUUGCGACGGAGACUUUUACAGAAAUCAUUAGUGAUUUCUUGUUUAUUUUCAAUUAUUGUUCUUGAUACACUUGUGAAUGCAGGAUCUGACCAAAGUCCAGGAUCAACCCCUGAAGUAGAUUUGAACGAUGCAACUAGAAAGUCAAAAUUCCUUCUUACUGAGGCUGAAGGCUCAAAGCCUUUCCUUUUUAGCACACUUAUGAUUAUAGUAUCAGAAAUAGGCGACAAGACAUUCUUUAUUGCUGCUAUAAUGGCAAUGAAAAAUUCCAGGCUUUUAGUUUUUUCGGCAGCUUUUAGUGCUUUAGCACUCAUGUCAAUCCUUUCUGCAGCUUUAGGCCAUGCAGUUCCAAAUUUGAUUCCACGUACAUAUACCAAUUAUUUAGCUUCAUUUUUAUUUUUAUUUUUUGGAAUAAAAAUGGCAUUUGAGAGUGUACAAAUGUCGGAUGAGGAGGCUAAGAAUGAAUUAGAGGAAGUUUCAGCAGAAUUGAAAGAAAAAGAAGAAAUCGAACUUAUAGAAGCUACAGAGGCUGGUGGUGUACAGGACGAAGCUGCCCCAGUAACAUUUGUAGAAGGAUUAAUUAAUUUAUGUCAAUUUUUAUUUUCACCUAUUUUCGUCCAAACAUUUGUACUCACGUUCCUGGCAGAGUGGGGUGAUAGAUCACAAAUUGCAACAAUUGCCUUGGCUGCUGCACAG